AUGCUAAGCAACAAAUUGUACACUCUGGCCUUGGUCCUGGGGGCCGCCCUGUUCGAUAUCAGGGGUGUCGGCGCAGCGCCAGCAUCUCAAGGAUCAUGGAACUCCGGAUUAUCGCAAGUCUACGAGACAACCGAUCGUCUUCCACUGCCAAACCUCGGUAAUGUUAUCGCGCACGAUCCAAACAUCGUCCAGCACGAUGACCACUACUACCUCUUCAAAGGCGGACACCAUGUCCCGAUCUUCAAAGCGGACCAUCUCAGCGGACCCUGGGUCCAGAUCGGCACCGUGCUAGACGCGAAUAGCAUCAUUGACGUCGGGAACCGGUCACGACCCUGGGCUCCGACGACAGUCUUCAAAGAUGGCACAUUUUAUUGCUAUUAUACGCUCAGCAGUCCCGGGAGCCGCGAUAGCGCGAUUGGAGUCGCGACCACCACCACGCUAGACGGGUCGCCGUGGAAGGAUCACGGUGCUGUUAUUCGGACGGGGCUUGGAGAGGGAUCUGAUGUAUUCCCAUUCACAGAGACGAAUGCCAUCGAUGCUUCAUUUAUCACGGACCAAAGUUCUGGAAAGUCGUACCUAAAUUAUGGCAGUUUCUGGCAUAAUAUCUGGCAGAUUCCGCUCUCGGAUGAUCUUCUCUCUAUUGAGGCGCCGAAGAAACCUGACGCGGUUCAGUUGACUUUUAUGCCGGAUCAGCAUAUUCGGCCCGAAGAAGGGUCUUGGAUGAGUUAUCAUGAUGGUUAUUAUUAUACUUGGUUUAGCCGUGGCAAGUGUUGCAAGUUUAACCCGGAGAAAGGGGGUGGGUUUCCUGAUCGGGGCCAUGAAUAUAAUAUUCGUGUUGGGCGGUCGCGGGAUAUUCGUGGACCGUUUGUUGAUAAAGAUGGGGACUCGCUGCUGAAGGGUGGUGGUACGAUUGUCUAUGCUUCGAAUCAUGGGGUGGUUUAUGCGCCUGGUGGGCUGGGUGUGUUGGCCGGGAAUGACUCGUCCCCGGACAUUCUCUAUUAUCACUACCUCAAUGCUAGUAUUGGGUUUAAGGAUGGGGAUGCGCGUCUGGGCUGGAAUGUGUUGAAUUAUCAGGACGGUUGGCCUGAAGUUACGAGUAACAGUACUGUUGCCAAUGCCAAUGCUGCUCCUAUACUCGGCCUUCCCAGUUGGCUGACGAUUUUGAUAGGCUUUUGGCUAUUUAUCUGGUCCUAG